CAUUAAUCCAGCGUCCUGGGUCUUAGUUGCGAGUGAAUGGCUAUAACCCGCAAGCCAGGUUAUUAAAUUAUGUCUUGCUGGUUGGUAAAGAACAGUUCUUGCCGAUCUUGAGUGGUUAGUUCUUCUUCUAGUGCCGGUUGUGGAAAUUGAGCCGCCUCGUCAGUUCGCAAUUCUUUGUUUCUUCAUUCCUUAACAACCAGGUUGUCCCAUAAUAGUGUCUGCCUGAACAAUGCAUUGAGUUUAAACUUCACUUCUCUAUCCUAAGACAGCAAGACAAGAACUUUAUAAACCCCACUUCCGGCUCCACGUUAUUCCUCUUCCAGGGGCCCGAAAUAGCCAACCAACGACAACUUUGUCCAAACCAACUUUCCCCAAGACAAAAGCCCGAACAACGCGUUUCUCCCUCCUACAUCCACAGCCAUCUCGCCAUGUCCAACCCGCAAACCAACACGGACGGGCAGAACAACGGCACUUAUAGUGGAGACACGCCAUUGACAGGAUCCACUUCUCAAAAGGCCAACGUGUUCACAUAUACAACGGAAGCAUCAUCCACCAACGACAGCACAGUACGCGUUUCAUGGCCACUGCAUCAGGUCCAGCCAACCAACGCCAUACAAAACAACGAGGGCUGUUAUCUUGAACGCGUCGUCGAGAUUAGCGGGGACCAGGCGCUGAUCAAGUGGGUGGGGGUUGAGAGUCCGACCUGGGAGCCGCUGCGGGUGUUGCGUCGCGGUGCAUUGCAAGGGACGGCGGAAGUGAUUAGGAAUUGACGGGGAAUUAUAAAGUGGACCGGGGUUCGGGCAGAGAGCUUAUCUGCAACCUCCGAGAAUUUUGCCCACAAGAUACCAGGGCUGACAGAGAAGCCGGAUGGCUUUACCAGCAUAGAUGAAUGCUGCGAGUCUGCGACAUACGUCAAAUAUGUCUAGGAUACGAUAUUGUACCAACUCGUAUAUGAGUUACGAACAAGAUACACCCGACUUAGGUAAUCUUACAAUGUCUAUG